UAGUUGGCGCCAUUUUGCUGCGAGCGGAGGUUCCUGUUUGGUCUCUCGACUGGAGAACGUGCUACGACGAGGCAGCUCAGGCAGUAUCUCGCUGGUGUUCGGUCUCGGUGUGUGACUCGAGUUAAGUUGUUAAAGAUCUUCAGGGGAAAAAGAGGUGAAAUUCUAUCAGAGCCUAAGAAUGGCAGUAGUGAUCCGUUUGCAGGGGCUUCCUGCUGUUGCUGGCUCUGGUGAUAUUCGGCAUUUCUUCUCCGGACUGCAUAUUCCUGAUGGAGGUGUGCAUAUUAUUGGUGGUAAUCUUGGUGAUGCCUUCAUUAUAUUUGCAACAGAUGAAGAUGCCAGGCGUGCCAUGAGCCGAUCUGGUGGUGUUAUAAAGAGCUCAAAAGUUCAGCUUUUACUGAGCAGCAAGGCAGAAAUGCAGAAUAUUCUGGAGAUGAGGCGUAAAAGUAACAAGAAUCCAAAGCAUCCGGCAUUGCCAUUUCCCGGAGACAUAAACAAACUAGUGUCUGUGGUGAAGAAAGGAAUAAGCCAAAUUAAACAUGAAAACAAUAAUUAUGAAUCUGGUUUAAACAACUCCGGGUUAAAACAUGACCAGAAAGAAUCGCCAUCUUUCGAAGGCCCAGAAGAUGUCUAUUUGUUUCUCUUUGGGCUCCCUUACACUGCAACGGAAGAAGACAUUAUUAAAUUUUUUGAUGGCCUACACGUGGUUGACAUCAUUUUCCUACUGCGUCCAAACGGUUAUAGGAAUGGAAAUGGCUAUGUAAAAUUUGGAAGUCCAGAAGAUGCUGCCUCAGCAAUGGAACGUAAUAACGAAUACAUAGGCCAUAGGUUUAUAUCUCUAAAGAAGGCAUCUGAGGAACUUUGGGUGGCUGCUGGUGGCCAGCCUGGAAGAACUCCUUCCAAACAACCCAGGAAGCAAAGGACAAGGUCAAGAUCACCACAAAACCAAACGUUUUAUAUACAUCUGAAAAACUUAUCUUACGGAGUGGAGAAGUACGAUAUAAAGAAAUUUUUGGACAUUCCCGACAUGGCAGAAACACAGAUAAAGUUCCUGCUUGAUAAGCAUAAUAAUCGAACAAGAGAAGGCUUUGUUAUGUUAAAAAACGAGAGGCAGUUUGAGAAAUGUCUUGCAUUACACAAAAGCAACUUAACUGGUCGGCCAGUUUUCAUAUUCCCAAUUCCUCGUAAAGCAAUGUUGGAGUUAAUAGAGUCUUAUGAAACACAAACCCCACCAAAACGGGAAAGGCCGGACGAAGAUUAUCUAAGGAGGAGUCAGUCUAACAUGAAAAGAUGUCUAUAUUUAAGGAACUUUCCCUUUGAUGUUACUAAAGCUGAAGUUCAGAAGUUCUUUGCCGGAUUCGCUGUGCAUGAAGAUGAUAUAUUCUUGCUCUUUGACAACAAAGGAGUUGGACUUGGAGAAGCACUGGUGAGGUUCCCAUCAGAACACCAGGCUAUGCUUGCCGAAAGCUUGAAUCGACAACAGUUCUUAGGAACAGAAGUUUUUCUGAGGGUUAUUUCUGACGAGCAAACAAAAGAAUUUGGCGCUUUCAUUGAUGAUCCAAUUAAAAGUGUUGUGUCCCAUUCGCAAGUAUAUAGAGAGGAGUUUGUCGAACCUAGUCGACGUGAAACUUUUGAAAGGUCGUUAGUUGAACCUGGUAAAAAUGAGCAUGGUCGUAGUGAUUUUAGAAAUUCCCCAAAAAGGAGGAGAAGAGAUUCCUACCCAAUGGAGUUAGGUCCAGAUGAUUCUUAUGGCAGGUUUGACAUGGGAAAUGAAGCUGAUUACCAUCGUUCUUUACCAGCUCCUCAAAGCUUUAAAGGUAGAUCACCUGGAGCUGAGAUUCACAUGAAGAAUGUGCCAUUCACUGCUACUAUUGAUGAAAUUUUAGAUUUUUUCUAUGGUUAUAACAUAAUUCGAGAAUCCAUCCGCAUCAAAUUUACCAAAAAUGGAUGGGCCACCGGAUUAGCCACAGUUUGCCUCGAAAAUUACGAUGAGGCAUUGGCUGCCGUUAAUGAACUUCAUCAAAGGCCCAUUGGAUCACGUAAAAUUAAUUUGACUUUAAUAAGAAUCUAGAAGCAGACACAUUUGAUGUUUAACUCCUCCUGUGCCGCAUGUUUUAGUUAAGUUUUUUUUUUUUUUUUUUUAAUACAGUUGAUCCACAAUUAGUUUUUACAAGCGUUCCACAGUUUGCCACAAGGAGUUACUAACAGAUGUGUCACUCAACGCAUUCCUUAUUUUGCCUUCAGUAAUCCUCCUAAAUAUAGUGAUGUACAUUGUCUUUUAGCUGUGUACAGUUCAUGUUUAUUCAUGUUUGGAUUAAAAUGUUUUCAUAUAUCCAUACGUCUUGAGAUUUAAUUAGAAAUGACAAAAGUGAAUAUCUAAUCUUCUAUCUCGUAUGCAAGCAAUUUCAUACAAGUCGUGGCCUACGUCUACCCUUCCAACAUAGCCAUUUUCUUUCUGUGAUACCUGCUUGGCUGGCAGUGUUUGUUUUGUGUGAUUACACGUAGUAAAUUAAUUCCUCAGACUGAUGUAACCAAAAUCUUUGGCAAAGUAAUGUUGUUGUUGUUUUGUUUUUUUGUAGCUCUGGACUUAAUGAAUCUAAUUUUGGACUGUGGCAUAGUUUCAAUUGAUUGUUUAUAGCUUAUUAUAAACACGUGCUCUGAUUAUUUUUUUUUGUACGCUUUGGCCAAUGGUUCUUCCCAUGACUCCUCAUCUGAGAUCUUAAACUUUAUUUUGUGGUAUUGGGAUCCACUGACUUAGGAUAUAUAUAACGUCUGUUUAUAUUCACAGGAAAUGGUUAGCAUUUUUAGUAAUGGAUACUUGUUCCUAGAUUGUUACACUAUACUGAAGAUUUGUAAUUGAUACGAUGAAUAGGACUAUGUAACGCUUGUGAAUUUUCUUGUGUUGCCGUCGUAGUACUUUAGUGUGACUUAGACUAAGUCUGUGAAUAAAGAAUACUAUUGUCCCAACCUUUUGGUUCUCCCCCCCUCUUUUUUUUUUUUUUUCAAUGGCUAUCCUGUUUUUGUGCGUAUUAAAUGAUCCUUGGCAAAUCCUGCUUUUAGUUUUGCAUUAGGUUUGAUAGGGUCACUAGUGAAAAACAUACAUAAGUUGAUAAAAUAAAUCAACUUCAUAUAAGUGUUACUCUGAGCUGAAAUGAUAAAGUGAUGGUCAGUUGAAUGGCUGAAAAACAGGCAUUCUAAUCACUUGGAAUGUUGGAGAACAUUUCUUGUACGUUGUGAGAGGAAAGCACUCAAGGAUGGGGUGUCUGUGUAUGGAAGACACAGCACCAAAUAUAAUGAAAUGCUGAUGACAAAAAGGUUUUCUAAAGGUACCUAGACUGUCCACUACGAUUUGGAGCAACCUUGGUUACACCUGGAAAGGAAAUUCUUGUUUCUUAUACGACAGAUGAUCAUUGUUGUAUAUUGUCUUCGCUAUCAGUUCUUUUAUUGGUUUCAUUGUCAUAUCAUUUUGGAUAUUAAGUAACCCUUUCUUAGGAGUUGUAAAGUUGGUACCGCAAUAUUGGUUUUGCCAUGCUAGAAGUACCAAAUUUGAUUGGUUCAAUCUGAUUUCCCUCAACUCACUUGUCGUCAUGGUAAAUUCUGCAGACUGAUAAGAUUUUUUUUUUUUGUGCAAAAAAAAAAUAAAAAAUGUUGGGGUUUGGAUAAUUUUUUGUUACUAUUUUUCACAAAAAAGUAACAAUUAGAGGUUUUUGUUUUUUUUUUAAAUAUGCUUUGACUUUAGAUCAAAAUAUUUGCCCUGAUUUGAGAAUGACCUUUCUCUUCACAUAGUCAUGAAUUCACCAUUACCUCUUUAGCUUAAGCAAAUGGUUAGAAUUUAUGGUGUGUUAAGAGGACAUUCUCGGAUACAUUGACAAACCAAUGAAGGAUGGUGCUUUUGGCAUUAAAGUAAGGAAAGGCAAGAUUGUGGAGUACACAUGUCCGUCCCAUGUAUUUGACUGUUGGAGCAGUGAGACUUCUUUAGUGCACAUAAUUGUACCUAAAAUAAGUAUAAAUUGUGCAUUUGCGCUUUAGCGUGAGCAAUGGCCAAGGCAAAAGAACUAAGUGAGUUUGAAGGUACUGAUAACCAAACGAGCAAAUCUGUAUGAGACAUCAUGGCUGUAUGGAGACUGGACCUGUAAACACAUUAUGUUCAGCCAACAGAACACUGAGGAAAGAACGUGUCAGCUGCUGCUAGCAGCGGAGUAUGACUCUUAUGCAAAAGCAUCCGAUAACGACAUGCAGCUUGAUGUGGUGGCAGACAUCCCAACUCAACUUAUCAGCAGAAGCAAGAUGAUGAUACACCGGGUGAUGGAACAUAAACUUUGGUUUUAGUACGUUUGGAACAUCAUUGCCUGCCUGAUCUGAUGAAUUCUAGUUUGUGCUGUUAAAUGUUAAUAGGUAUGACCAAUAUAUAGCAAAAGCUAAAUAAAUAAAUUUUACCAGGUGUCAGCAAUCCACGCUGUUUCUUGAACUGUAAUCGCCUGGGAUUAUGGAAUGGCUUUUGGAGGCACACUUCAAUUACCUUGGCAUGAGUAGAGCCAGGUUUGGAAACCCCAAUCAAUACUGAACUGGGCAAUGGAAUUGUUUAGUGACUUAAUGCUCUUUCACAAGGUUUGGAAAGUCCUGGUAUUGGUCCACAGAAGUGAAUUUAGUUGCAGUGGGCUCUUAUGCAGAUAUUACUCCACUUGUUUGUGGGAUGAGAUGGAGAAACUAUGGAGGUAGAGAUUAAUCGCAAGAUAAUUUGAACUACAGCAGGCUGAAGUGGAGGGGAACAUAUGGUAGCGUCUGUGUCACUAGAUUGUCGAAUGGGGCUCUAGAAUUCUCAAAUUAUUACAGAAGUGCUUUAUUCAUUUAGAAUUGAAAGAAUAAAAUACCUUCUAAACAGGGAUAUAAUGUGCUGAAUCUGUUUAAGAUAGACAAUUAAAUACAUUUAUUAAGAUAUUAAAAUCUAUUUGAGGAGCUAACGGAUGGUAAAUGUAUAAUCUGCUUAGAAGAGCAUGUAAAUUUAGCAUGUCACGUGGGCCUCUAGAGCAGUGCUUUCCAGUUUCAGCAUACUGGCCUGUGUUUGUUUUUUACUAUCUUGUGUACAGGAUGUUAUUUGUUUUACAAAAGGAAUGCUAGAGCAACAACUGUUCCAAAAUGAGGUUUUUGUUUGCAAAUUCAUAAUAAAAAUGUAGUUGCAUGUUUUAA